AUGAUGCGAAUCGAGAUGAUACGGAAGAGGAGAAAAGCAAUGGAGAAGUUCUUGAGGAAUGAUGUUGCUGAUCUUCUCAAAAACGGUUUCGAUUCUGAUGCAUAUAGCAGGGUAAAAGUUGGGAAAUUUGAUCAAAAUGGCACAAUCUUUGUGAAAAUUGAAGCCAACGGGCUAUAUUUUGAGCAAAAACGGUCAUUAUGUUACGAGUCUAUCGAGCAAUUUUGCACGGUCAUCUCGAACCAUCUCGCGGUAAUGAACAACCAAAGUGAAUGCCCAGAGGAAUGUCGAGAGGCAGUUCCAUCUUUGAUGUAUGCAGCUGCAAGAGUGGCUGGUUUGCCGGAAUUGCUUGAACUCAGAAAUUUGUUUUCCGGUAGAUAUGGGAAUUCCCUUGAAUCGUUUAUCAACAAAGAGUUUGUCAAAUUGUUCAAACCGGAUCAUCCCACGAAGGAUAUGAAGAUUCAGAUGAUGAAAGAGAUAGCAUUAGAACACGGUAUAGAUUGGGAUCCCGAUUCAUCUGAACGGAAAUCGUACAAGCCAACUUCAUCGAAGCAUGAUUCGUCUAAGAACACGUAUGGUGAUCAAGAUAACGAACCUAAUAGAACCGGUCAUGAAAAUGGCCAGAGGAAUAACGUUCAAGAAACAAGAAUUGAAGAUGGAGAUGAUCGUAAUCGAGCCGAAAAGAACAAGGAGAAUGCCGUUAUUGAAAAGCAAAUAGAUCAUAUGCGUGAACGUCUUUCGACUUACUGGUCAAGGACCACGAGUCUAUUCUCGAGUAGCCGAGAAACCAGCACGAGCACGACCCCAGAAGAAAGUUCUUCGGAUGAUCCAGCCAACCAAAGAUCAUUCUUCCCGUUCCGGUUCAUGCCACCUCCAUACUUAAAACCCGAUCGCUCACGUGAUCACAAUAAGGAAAACCAAGAAGUUCUUAAUCAUCCAAACAUCGAAAUUUGGGAUGGCGAACCAACAGCACCACCAAACGUGAAGAGUCGUCGCCGCCGCCGCCGCCGAAGAGGUCGUGCUCCGCCACAGGCAAAGUCACAUUCGACCGAAUGUUUGCCGAAUCCGGUGGCAAUGGAGGCACAAAAAGGACACGUGCGGUCGGCUUCGUAUCAACCGGAAUCGACCGUGAGGCCGACAAUGGGACAUGUUCAUCCUAAACUACCUGAUUAUGAUGAUAUUAUAGCUAGAUUUGCAGCCCUUAGAGCAAAAUCUUAA